AUGGUUUCGGCCGAUACAACGCUGUUGGAAUUUACCGUCAUUCAAGUCAUCCGUAGUCUGACCUUUGAGGGUUGUUUGGCGUUCCCACAUUGGAUCCAAGAGCAUGCCAAAGUCAGCGAGCCCAAGACGCGCAUUCAAUUCGCCCAUGCCAGCAAAAUGAAAGACAAUAUGGAGCUCGAGUCAGCCAUGAGCUCAUCAAGGCGGGUGAUCAAAGAUGGCCGGCAAGACGGCAAGAGGAAAGACCCCAAGAUGGCUUACAGGGAACCUUGA